AUGGGUUUGCUAAGUGACGCCUACUCGCGCAAGCUGAUGGGUAGACAGUACGAGGAUGAGACGAUGACGGGCAAGAGGCGUGAGAAAAGGGACAGGGUCAGAGGUCUGGGUAUGGGUGUGGGCAAGUUCAGGGGUGGCAUUUUGAAGUUGAGCGAGGAGGAAGUGAGCAGGAUCACCGGCGAGGGAAGGGAGGGGUCCAGAGGAGGGUCGUCUGGCCGCGGCAGAGGCGUGGGUAGGGCAAGUGGACCAGACAAGAGGGGGAGGAUGAAGUGAAGCGAACGUCGAAUGUACCAUGCUCCUGUCAUCUGCAUCAUGGCAGUCACCACCGCAGUCCUUGCCCAACGACCACUUCACCCUCACCACCGACCGAGAUGCACCUCGCUCCUUCUCGCAUCCACACAGCUCAGAAGAGCCGAGGCGCGUCGGCGAGCUCGGCAGCGAAGGAGACCAACACCAGCUCCUGUUCCGCCUGUCUCCUCCUCGACUAGACCUUCCCCUCCCCCCCCCCUUUCCCGCAUUGUCCAUCGUCCUCGCAAUGACGUCUGCUUCCCCACCGCCUCCCUUGCCUCCCCACGCGGGUCCUUCGACGUCCACACGGCGUGACCCCGACCUGCUACCCGUACACGAUGCCUCGCCUGACUACGCGCGUCGUUCCCUCGUGUCAGCUGCACGCCAAUUGAAGAUGAGAGGACUGGACAAUGCCGCUAUCUGGGCGCUGGAGCUGGUGAGCUGCCUCUCAGGUGAUGGCAACACGCUCGUGGGAUCCUCUUCGACCCGCAAUGGCGACUUUUUCGAGGAGCAAGCCAGACUCAACAGGGGCAGACCGGCCCCGACUAAUCAAGGCGCGGACAGUUCCCUCUCAUGGCAAGGACCUUUCGCUCCUACGAGUACGCCUGCUCGCCCAUCCUCUUCGAGACGGGAAAGCCUUCCAACGAGCCCUCCCAUUGCUUAUCCGAUGCAGUCAACCCCCUUUCUAGGUGCAGCAGGUGGCUUAGCCAGCAACUCCAUUAUGAUCUCCGGCCCCUCCUCGAGCCCUCUGCCAGUCUCCUCUCCUCGGCGAAAUGGAGACGGCAAAGUGCGAAUGCUAGGAGGUCACAUGAGUCCAUCGCCUUUGGGCGAGUCCAUGGGAAGGGAGGAUGCUUCUACUUCGGCUUCCGGGCGAUUUCCACCGCCCUUUCGGCAACCGCCUAGCCCACUCGCCACGAUGAGCUUAAGUGCGAGUACCGAUCGGCCGAGCAAGAGCAAAGACAUACUGCCACCUGAUGAAGAUCAAAGUAUGCUUGAUGGUGUUCUAGGACCAAUCAACCAUGAGAAAGUGAGUCGUUCUGCUCACGUGCACUUUGCAGAGGGCGAAGCGGACAACAGCAAUGUCUCCAAGAUGGACAUCUUCGAAGCGUACAGUGAUCCGGCUCAGGAUAGCGAGCCGAUGGAUGAUGCAGAGUUUCAAUUGGCCAUGGAAUACUUCCGAACGGGCCAGCUGGAUCGGUGUAAAUGGGCACUCGAGAAAAGGCGGGAAGCUUCGAGGAGAGCGCAUGGGGCCGAUGAAGGUGACAAGGCGAGGUUUCUGAGAGGCUACGUUGCCAUGCUAGUGAGUUCGAGGCGGGUCUCUGGAAAGAGAGCUCAACCCUUCUGGCUCUGACGCAACUCGCGUAUCUGUCCGCCAGAUUGUCGAGCGUAAUUCCCAGGCGACCCAUUCACUGCAUGUUGGAUCGAAGAUUGGAUCGGUUCUGCGUCAGUCA